GCGCGCCCCGCCGAGCCGGCGCCAAGAUGGCGGCGCUGACGAGUGCAGAGCGGCCGCGCCGGGGUCCGCGGGGGACGAAGCUGAUCCUCCGCGGCUGAGCCCCUGAGCCGCCCUCGAGGCAGGCGCCCAGUCGCCGGGGCCCGGGACAUGGUGCGAUCCGCGCCGCGCAGCCGCCGCCGCUGCCGCUGAACUCGGGAGCCGCGCCGGGCUCGGACGUGGGAGCGGGAAGAUGUUUUCCGCGCUCAAGAAGCUGGUGGGGUCGGAGCAGGCUCCGGGCCGCGACAAGAACAUCCCGGCUGGGCUGCAGUCCAUGAACCAGGCGCUGCAGAGGCGCUUCGCCAAGGGGGUGCAGUACAACAUGAAGAUCGUGAUCCGAGGGGACAGGAACACGGGCAAGACAGCCCUGUGGCACCGGCUGCAGGGCAAGAAGUUCGUGGAGGAGUACAUCCCCACGCAGGAGAUCCAGGUCACCAGCAUCCACUGGAGCUACAAAACCACUGAUGAUAUCGUGAAAGUUGAAGUCUGGGAUGUGGUUGACAAAGGAAAAUGCAAGAAGCGAGGCGAUGCCUUGAAGAUGGAGAAUGAACCCCAGGAGGCGGAGUCCGAGAUGGCCCUGGAUGCCGAGUUCCUGGACGUGUACAAGAACUGCAACGGGGUGGUCAUGAUGUUCGACAUCACCAAGCAGUGGACCUUCAACUACAUUCUCCGGGAGCUUCCCAAAGUGCCGACGCACGUGCCUGUGUGCGUGCUGGGGAACUACCGCGACAUGGGCGAGCACCGCGUCAUCCUGCCCGACGACGCGCGAGACUUCAUCGACAACCUGGACAGGCCCCCAGGGUCUUCUUACUUCCGCUACGCCGAGUCCUCCAUGAAGAACAGCUUCGGGCUCAAGUACCUGCACAGGUUCUUCAACAUCCCAUUCCUGCAGCUCCAGAGAGAGACGCUGCUGCGGCAGCUGGAGACGAACCAGCUGGACAUCGAUGCCACGCUGGAGGAGUUGUCCGUGCAGCAGGAGACCGAGGACCAGAACUACGACAUCUUCCUUGAGAUGAUGGAGGCCCGCAGCCGUGGCCACGCGUCCCCGCUGGCCACCAACGGGCAGAGUCCAUCCUCGGGCUCCCCAUCUCCUGUGGUGCCUCUGAGUGCAGUGUCCACGGGGAGCUCCAGCCCCAGCACACCCCAGCCGGCUCCGCAGCCGCCCCUCCAGGCCCCCUCGGCUUGCCUGGGGCCCCCCUGCCCCUCGGAGGCGCCGCCAGCCCCUGCACACCCCCUGGUCCCCGCGGCACCCCCCCGGCGCAGCAUCAUCUCGCGGCUGUUCGGGACCUCGCCGGCGGCCGAGGUGGCCCCUUCACCCCCAGAGCCGGCCCCAGCUUCAGAGGCCCCGGCAAGAGUCCAGAACGUGGAGGACUUUGUUCCUGACGACAGUCUUGACCGCAGCUUCCUGGAGGACGUAGCCCCCCCAAAGGAUGAAAAGAAAGUUGGAGCCAAGGUCCCGCAGGACAGUGACAGCCCACCUCACACCUGCUCUCCUGUCGACCUUUGCCACAGCUCUGCUGCAAUGUGUGAUGGGGAGGCCCCAGGAGGGAACCCAAUGGUGGCGGGUUUCCAGGACGACGUGGACCUUGAAGAUAAGCCGCCUAGUAGGCCCCUGCCACCCACGGGCCCCAUCCCCAGGGAGCACAUCACUCUGUCCAGCGAGGAGGAAGAGGUGGCGGCAGGGCGCCACGAGGCCACCGUCCUGGCCCCCCAGAAGUGCUCUGAACCAGGGACCAAACGUUCCUCCACGAAGGCCUCGAGGCCACACCAGGACGCAGCUCCCAAGGCCACAGAGCCCCACUGGCCAGGCGGCACUGAGGGCUCCUCUCCGGGGCUGGAGGACCGGGGGGACAAGCAGGUGUCAUCGGAGAGUGACCCCGAGGGGCCUAUUGCCGCCCAGAUGCUCUCCUUCGUCAUGGACGACCCUGACUUUGAGAGUGACUCAGAUGCUCAGCGGAGAGCGUGUGAGUUCCCGGUGCGAGAGGACCUCUCGGACGUGACGGAUGAGGAAGCCGGCCCUGUCCAGCCGCCCCCGCCCCCCAAACCCCCUGCCCCCUCCUUCAGACUGAAGAACGACUCGGAUCUCUUCGGGUUGGGGCUGGAGAACACAGGCCACAAGGAGAGCAGCGAGGAAGAUAAGGAGGGCAGGCCUCCCUCGAAGGAGAAGAAGAAGAAGAAGAAGAAGGGCAGAGAGGAGGAAGAGAAGGCCGUGAAGAAGAAGAGCCGGCGGAAGAAGAGCAGGGACCAAGCGGAGGACAAGGGUCGGGAGGAGCGGCGGCGGCGGCGGGGCACAGAGAGGCCUGCGGUCGACGAGCUGGAGGCCUUCCUGGGGGGCGGGGCCCCGGGCGGCCACCUCCGCGGGGGCGGCGAUUAUGAGGAGCUCUAGGCCUGGCGCGCAGACCACAGGGCGCUCCGCAUGUGCUGGGGGCGCUGGGCCUGCCCUGCGGGGAGGGGCAGCCGGCCCCCAGCGCUUCUCAGGGAUGGGACUGAGGCCGAGGAAGCCCGUGAGGCUGUUUGCAGGGUUGGGGCAAUGUUCCCGUCGCCCGCCCGGCCCCUGCUUGCCCUCGGCCCGCCGCACGCACUCACCCAGGCCCGCUGCAUGCAGCGGCCUCCGCUUCAGCUGCGCCGGCUCUGCAGACCUCUGGUCCCCAGACCCUUGGGGCACCUGUGCGCAGAGGGCAGGCGGCGCUGGCGCGUCUCUGGGGGCAGCUCUUUCCAGGCACGGCGACCGGCUUUGCACCCGCACCUGAGCUCGGGCGUGCGCGGGCCAAGCGGGGAGGCCCACAACACUCGUGUUCUUUUGUUGUCCUUGCACACCACUCGGACCAUAAAGCUCUCCUGUUUUACUGCG